GUGGCCGCGGAUAGGUGAAUUUUUCAACCACACAAAGCAAAGAAAUAAAGGGCCAUAAAGUGUCAAAUAUUUUCGUCUUAAUGUAUAGAGUGUGGGCCUUGCUCGAAUAUCUUUUGGUGCCGGAUUUAAACUAUUUAGUUUCAAACUCUAUGAGUUUAAAAGUGAUAAACCCAACAUGGCUGUCAAAAUCACAACUGCAUUCACCCUCUUCGCCGUGAUACUUACUCUAAUAAACCUGGAACGUGCUGAUGCCAAUCCUGCUAUUGCCACUGGAUACGAUCCCCUUCAAAUCUGCAUAGAAAACUGCGCUCAAUGCAAGAAGAUGCUCGGCGCAUGGUUCGAAGGACCCCUAUGCGCAGAAUCCUGCCUGAAAUUCAAGGGAAAACUGAUUCCGGAAUGCGAAGACUUCGCAUCCAUUGCCCAAUUCAUCAACAGACUUUGAAAAAAUAACUGUCAAAAACGCUUGUCUAUGGAAUAUUGACUGAGAAAUCUAAUAACUGUCCCAUAAUCUAUUUUACGUGCGCAUGAAAGAGACGUAUUCAUUGAAAUUAGAAAGGAACAAAAGGAGACAGAAUCUAUCUCCUUUUGUUGCGUCGAUAAACUUCUGGAAAAUAGUAAAAACCUAACUCAUAUAAGUACUAACAUUCAACAGAAAGUGUGAUAACUGAUAGCCUUUUUCCACAGCCAGAAGAGACCCAUUUCUAAUAACAAAAAUAAUAAGUAGAAUGAGAGAACGAUAAGUGCUGGAAUAACCUUUUACGUUUUCGGAAGAGACACGUUAUUAUACAUACUAAGUAGGUAACGAAAAUGUAGAAAGGGAACUCUUGAGUUUAAUACCGCAAUAAAAAGAAUUUAUGCAGUUAAGAUUUAAGAAAAAAAAGCAGAACACUCUGAGAUCUAGAGAGCGUACUUUGACUUUGCUCAGACAUAAGACACUGUUAAAACGAGAUAACGUUAUAACGCUCACAUUGAUCUGUCUCGUUUUAACUCAGCAAAGUCAUAGUCUCUAUAAAUCUGCCUCAUAUUUUAGUAAUCUGAACCAUCUAUCUAUGUUUUAAGUAUAGAAAUAGAAUGUGCCGGCUAUACUCACGUAUUUAGUUGAUAUAUUAUCUAUGAUCUAUUGUAAUAAAGCAUUAAGUUUUCAGUCACUUUGUCCAUAGAUUUCUCAGUCGUGUCAUGUAACACGUAUUUAUUAUCUAUGGAAUACUCUUGUUUUUCGAAGUUUUCUUUGCAAGCUUCGAACGUAACGCCAAAGCAUUUACUACUUAAUUUUUAUUUAAUUCUAGUUAAAAUUUUGUACUCAUUUAUACAGGGUGCAUAAUAUUAUAAGUAUUAUAAAUAAAAGAA